GAGUAGGCUGAGGGACUAAAUGGAAGGAGAAGGACUGAAACGUGCUAAUUCUGGCUCCUGCCGAAAGUGAACCUAUGGUUUGUGUUGGUGAAGGGAGAGAAGGUGUCCUACAUUAGUCAAGAUUGUGAAGAAAUUCCAGAAUUCCUGGGAAGAAUAUAUGGACAUAUGGCAAAAAGGCUAGAUCUUAGUUUCAACUUGUUAAGGUCACUAGAAGGACUGAAAACAUUCAGUUACUUGGAGGAGCUGAUCUUGGACAACAAUCUACUCGGAAAUGACCUUCUGUUACCCAGGCUACCCCACCUCCAUACCUUAACGCUCAACAAGAACCAAAUAUCAGAAUUAGAAAGCCUUUUGGAUCAUUUGGCUGAAGUUGUGCCUUCACUGCAGUAUCUCAGCUUGCUUGGAAACACGGCCUGCCCAAAUGAAUUGAUCAGCAAAGAAAAGGAUGAAGAUGACUACCAGAGGUACAGAUACUUUGUCCUGCACAAAUUGACGAACCUGAAAUUUCUCGAUACUCGGAAAGUAACCAAGAGCGAGAGAGAGGAAGCCUUGGUAAGAGGUGCCUUCAUGAAAGUGGUUAAACCCAAGGAUGCUAAGGCCUCCGGUGAUGCUGCCUCCAUCUCGCCAGAGCUGCAUUAUACCCCUCUGCCUUUGGGAUCCAGGGAUCUCACCAAUCACAGAGGCGUUUUGGGAAAGUGCCGCUACAUUUACUAUGGAAAACAUUCCGAGGGCAACAGAUUCAUCCGAGAUGACCAGCUAUAAAACACAGCAUUGCUUCAUGCCUCUUCAGUCUAUCUAGAUAAGAAGCACAAAUUGCAUCUGGAUUUUAAGCGUGUAACUAAAGUCCUCCCAUGCCUUCUGCUGACUUUGCCAAGCCUGUCAAGAUCAUCCUUCUAUCUUAGUCUGAGUAGUCACAUAGAGAUUGACAUGAUUGCCUUUAAGCAGGUCCCAUCCACCAGUGUGACAGACAGCUGCAGCCAAGCACCCGGCCUGACAGGAUGAACACCGUGAUGGAUUGCCUGGUCCAAUUGCUGCUCGCAGAAGAGCAGAGGUCACACCUGGGGCUUCUCUGAGCACGCGCGGUCGGCUCUUUAGCAAAAGCAACGCGUUUCUCUACAGCUCGCCUGUUGAGUGAGUGUGGCUGACAGUAUCGAAGUGUUUAGAAAAGAGAGAGGCUGUAAUUUCAGAUGAAAAAGCCCCUUAUCUGUUCUUACUUUUCCCCCUUGAAUUAAGUUCUUGUGUUUCUAUCUCACACAUGCAUAUGGAAAUCCUUUUCACAGAGCUUCUCCCCUCAUCCCCCCAACAAAUGAGUCUAUAUGGAUUGCUUUUUUCUUUCAAGAGGAAAAAUAUAUCCUGAAAUAUUUCAGCCAUGCACAGCACUGUCACUUUGUAUUUUUGUUUAUCUAUAAAGAGAGAUGUUUAAGCAAUUUUACAGGCAAACUAUAUUUUCCUAAUUUUUAAAUUAAAUCUCAAGGUUUGCUAACUCUUACCUUCAGAAAAGGGAUCAUUUUUAAUACUACAGAAUAGUUGCACAGAGGACCUCGUGCUUAACUGUAUAUGCUUUGAAAAAGCCCUCAAUUACAAUCCUGAUGGGGUGUGCUUUUCCUGGUUUAUCGGACAAGGUACUUUUACCUUGCACAGAGAUUGCACUUAGAAUGAAAUGCUUAAAUUUAGAAAGGAAAAAAAGAUGCUUCGAAAGGGGAGCUAUAAAAUUUCCACUAGGUGAGUAUGAUUAUUAGAAGGAAAAAAAAAGUAAAUAAAAGUAACUGGUGGAAUUAAUAUAAAUAGCACCUUUACUAAUAUGUUCUAGAACAGAGCUCUCAUUAAUCUCCUUUGAUAUAUAUGUAAGCAAUGCUUCUGUCAACUUUUCAGUGACCAAAAUAAAAAUGCAUAGCGUAUUUCCUGCUUUUCUAAUAAACAGAUUCAACAUAUUAAGAAUCAUAAAUAUGUUACUGUGAAUCAAAUUGCCAAAAUUUGUUAAAUACAUUGUGUUCAGUGCUAGUGCUACUGAAUCCAAAGGAAUUGGCCAAGGAAUGUGCAGAAAUUGUGACCUCUGGGUUGUUUCAAACCUGUCCCAGCUGAGAGCGGUCACUAUCUGGCUGAUCUUGGCUUGUCUGAAAUUACUUAGUGCUUUUAAUUCACUUUCCUAGCAGAAAAAUGUCAAUCUUUAGAGGUUGACUCCUUCUUUUGGCUAGUAUCAGGUAGUGUUGCAGGUGGAAAGGAACUGGAUGUAGAAGCCAACUUCGACAUCAGGUGUGUUCUGUGGAAAAAGAUGAGACAUACUGGUAGAGUGGCAAAGAAAAACUUGCUGCUGCUGUCCAUUUAGGCUUCGCUAUUCUGAAAGCCUAUCUGUAAUAAAUAUUUAAAAUUGAUGAGGAACACAGCAAUCUACUUUACACCACCGGUAGAGUACAUCUUAUAUAUUAAAUUCAGAUUGAGCGCUAAGCUACUCGUUGAACAAUUUGGUGCCUGGAAAGUGAGUUUUGGCCACUUGUAACACUUCUACCAAUGUCAUAGAUGACUGCUAAUGAAAUGCUAAUAAAUUGGUGAGUAAUUUAGAAGUUCUCAGAGAUAUUAAGGUGGGAAAGGACAACUACAUGCCUCUCUCUUUUCGGAAAUACUUAUUAGAAACCUUAGGGUACUGUUCCAUCUGGGUUACCAAAAUAACAGCAAGUUGCUAUCCUAGUUCAUUCAUAUCAUGUUGUCUGUUUUGAAGCCUCAAUGCAUGUUUUGGCCAGAGCAUCUUAGAGGCAGUAGGGUUCUGAAUAAGGGUGUUUAGAAUAACCUAAUAUCAUAUUCAGUCUGGUUGCAUAUAUGUUCUUGUCUUUGUAAAAGGCUUUAACCCUGCCUCAAACAAUAAACAGCACUUGCAAACUGA